UGUGAUUGCAAUCCACUUCCUGUUACAGUCUUACAGUAAGUAAAGGUGAAUUAAUGCCGAGGAGUUCCUAAAAACAGAAUUCCCCUUCCAUCCUAAUAUAAGAGGCCUAGCAUGGACACACUCACUCACACACACAUCCACCUCUUGACAGAGACACACAUCAGACACCUCCAGUAUUUUCCAGGUUAGGCUAUCGAGUCUAAAGAUGAAAACCUCCCUGAUGUGCAUCCUGGUUGUUUGCGCCUUGUUGGUCGGCAUUUUUGGCUCAGCCAUGGGACGCAAGCUCCAUCUGGGCUCCUGUACGCUGACGGUUCACACUCACGAGCUCAGGCAUCACUUCCAGCAGAUCCAGCACAAUAUGGUCACACAAGACAACCACAAAGGUGUGCGCUUGCUGAGGGGUGAAACGAUGAAGAGCUUGCAGGCUGGAGAUAGCUGCUGCUUUCUGAGGCAACUCCUGCGCUUCUACAUCGAGAAGGUCUUCAGCGGCUACACCAGCAGCCAGUCGCUCCACCAGAGAACCACAAGUGUUCUGGCCAACUCUUUUCUCAGCAUGACCAAGGACCUGCGAGCAUGUCACACUCAGAUGCUCUGCCAGUGCAGUCAGGAAGCCAACCUGAAGUUUGACAUCAUUCAGGAAACCUAUGACAAGCUGGAGGUGGCGGCUGCAUCGGUGAAGGCCAUAGGAGAGCUGGACUCUCUGCUGGAGUGGCUUGAGAGCUUCCACAGCAAAGACCACAAGCACCACCAUCAUGAUGAUGACGCAAAAUAGGAUCCUCACUGCAUCCACUUCAUUACGAAGUGCUGAUUUUUUUUAGAGGAGCUACUUGAAACUUUUAUUUAAUCUCAUAAAUUAAUCUUAUCAUUAUUUUUUUUAUACAAUUUGAAAGAUUUUCAUUUUUGGUGGAAAGCAUGUUGUUCACGGGGUAGCAUUUUUGUUACCUUUAGUGCAGACCAAGUAACUGCACCAUGUUUGAUGUUAACAGUAGACCUUCUUGAAGGUGUAUAAGCUAUGUCUUAUUAGUGUACAAGUGAAAUAUUUAACUGUUAUUUUAUGCUGUUAUUGUGACAGCGUUAUUUUUGACUACAGUAAUGCCCGUGGCCUUUGAAUUCAUGUUUAUCUGCAUGCAUGACUCUGAAGAGUUGUGCUGGAAUGUAGACCUUUGAGGUCAGUUUGUUUGAAUUAUGUUCAAACCAUGUUCAGUAACUUAAAAGAAAAUAAAUGUUUAUUAUCCUCAGUCCUUG